CACUGUAUCAUUCUUGUUUUCUCUAAAUAUUUUCAAAUCUUUAGAAUUUUCAAGUUUUUAUAACGUUUCCGAUGUUAACUGUGUCUCCGGCUCCACUCAUCGGAAACAACUCAAAGGAUACUUACAUGGCGGCAGAUUUCGCAGAUUUUACGACGGAAGGCUUGCCGGACUUUACGACGGUUGGAGAUUUCUCCGAUGAUCUUCUUGAUGGAAUCGAUUACUACGACGAUCUUUUCAUUGGUUUCGAAGGAGACGAUGUUUUGCCGGAUUUGGAGAUAGAUUCGGAGAUUCUUGGGGAAUAUUCCGGUAGCGGAAGAGAUGAGGAACAAGAAAUGGAGGGUAACACUUCGACGGCGUCGGAGACUUCGGAGAGAGACGGUGGUCAUGGGUGUAAGCAAGAGGGUGGUGGUGGUGGUGGUGGUGACGGUGGUGUUAGGGACAAAACGGUGCGUAGAGGCAAACGUAAAGGGAAGAAAAGUAAAGAUUGUGUAUCCGAUGAUAACGAUAUUAAGAAAAAACCUAAGGUGGAUUGGACGCCGGAGUUACACCGGAAAUUUGUACAAGCGGUGGAGCAAUUAGGGGUAGACAAGGCGGUGCCGUCUCGGAUUUUGGAAAUUAUGAACGUUAAAUCUCUCACUCGUCACAACGUUGCUAGCCAUCUUCAGAAAUAUAGGUCACAUCGGAAACAUCUACUAGCGCGUGAAGCAGAAGCUGCCAGCUGGAAUCUCCGUCGACAUGCGACCGUGGCAGUUCCCGGAGUAGGAGGAGGGAAGAAGCCAUGGACGGCUCCCGCCUUAGGCUAUCCACCACACGUGGCACCAAUGCAUCAUGGCCACUUCAGGCCUUUGCACGUGUGGGGUCAUCCUACGUGGCCCAAACACAAGCCUAAUACUCCUGCGUCUGCUCAUCGGACGUAUCCGAUUCCGGCAGUUGCGGCGGCUCCGGCAUCUUGGCCAGGUCAUCCGCCGUACUGGCACCAACAACCACUAUAUCCACAGGGAUAUGGUAUCGCAUCAUCGAAUCAUUCAAGCAUCGGUGUUCCCACAAGACAAUUAGGACCCACUAAUCCUCCCAUCGACAUUCAUCCCUCGAAUGAGAGCAUCGACGCGGCUAUUGGAGACGUGAUAACAAAGCCGUGGCUGCCGCUUCCUUUGGGACUGAAACCGCCGUCAGUUGAUGGUGUCAUGACGGAGUUACAACGUCAGGGAGUUUCUAAUGUUCCUCCUCUUCCUUGAGAAAACAAAUCUCCAAAAUUUGCCGAAAUCUCGAUUUUUAACUACAUUAUUUUGGUAUCUUCUAAGUAUUUUUGCAAGGAAAAAUACUAUAAAUCCUUGUUGCUUGA